CAGUAUGUCUUGUGUUUACAUCUCCCUGAACUCGCAUUGAUAGUCCUGUCCACUAGGGGCGAUAGACUUCCGGACCGCGCAUUACAUCUUCUUGCCACAUCGAUUUCAUUUGAAAACGGUCAGGAGGGAGUGUGAGUCCUGGGGCAGUGGCCGUGAGAGUUUGGCUUGGAUUGGCUUGCUUCUGCGGUUUAAGUAGCAGAUGAACUGGUAAUUUGCCUGGGUUUUGCAGUCUCCGACGUUGUGUGUAUUUGAAGGUUACUUUACUGUGUUAUCAAGGACGGGAGAGGAAGUCAUGAUAACUUUUUGGAGGAUUCGUGUAUGGAAAAGGAACCUUGGUUAGCUGGCUAGCGAGAUUUACCAGGCUCUAACGUUAUUCUAGAUAGCAAGCUUGCUAGCCAGCUAAGCCACUGUAACGUUACAUGGGAGGACGAAUGAACAGUGAUAACGUUAGAUGAAUUGCUGUCUUUUAAACUCUUCUGGAGGUAAAACCCGUUUUGUAGUGUAUAUUUGCGAUGAAAGGUAAUGAUAGACUCAAACGACUUUUUGUAUCGCUACUUCACAUGUAUAAUUAGAUUGGAAAGUCACCAAUGGUUCCAAGAUUGUUGUAAAUUAACGUUAGGCUAAUGACCAUAUGUAAGCGUACUUCAUAGGAAGUUAGCCCUGGGAUACAGUUGACAUGAAUGUUACUGAGAUGGCAGGAGUUAAUACUGCCAAAGAUUGACCAGAAAAGAAUGCCCAGGUGUUGUUACAGUAUAUCUUAUGCCUUAGAAAGGAUUAUUUCUAUUGCAAAAUCUGCGGUGAUUAGCUAACGUUAGCUAACCUAACAAGCAGGAGCCAUAAUCAGGCAUUGAGCUGAUGUUUUAAACUUUCUCCUGUCACAAAUUGUGCACUCCAGUUCACUGCCCUCUUGUUUAGUGCCUCUUACUUUUGGAUAAUCAGAAAGCGAAAGAAAGGUGGUGAAUUUAGUCGGGAACGUUUAACCGCGGAACUUGAAGCAAUUAAGUAAAUUGCGUCUAUUGAAAAAUGGCUUGCCAAGCUUCUCAGGACAGUUAACAUCAGGACAGAGGUCUUGCUGAAGAACCGGCCUGAGAGAUUAGAAAAUGAGUUUCCUUGAAAGUGUCCUCUCUUUCUUUGGACUUGGAGACCUACAGUGGCUAUGCAUGAUCACAUUAUUUAUCGCAUCCAUUGUGACUCUGAUCAUAUAUUUCGUGCAAUAUUAUUUGGAUAAUGUAACAUGCGAGAGUGAAACCUCAGGCAACACAACGUUGCUUUCGGAGGAAGCAAACACUCUGCUUAACUGGGCCCUGUCGCUCAAAACCUGGAAGACUGAAUGGAGAAAGGCAUGGGUGAGGGCACUGAGCGACCAGUCGAAGCUCACAGGGAACUCUUUGCAGUUGUCGUUUGAGGAAGAUGGUCUUCAGUCGACUGACCUUGUGUUAAGUCAGGUGUCGGGCAUCAGGAAGCAAGCUGGUGGGAAGGUGAUGCGCUGCCAGGUCGCUGGGGAGAAGCUUCAGUUCUCCGUCAGAGCCCAGCCAGCCGGGACAGUCAGUACAGAGCCUCAGCAGUACACCGUCACAAUAUCUCCUCUGCAGCUGCAGCUGGACCUGCAGCUAACAGAGGCCAAUGGUGAGGUGCGGCUGAACUGGGGCCUGUUGGGGCUGGAGCCCUGGGACCUGCAGCUCUCUCCUUGCUCUUCUCAGGGUGGAUCAGCAGGUUUCGGCACGUCUGCGGUGAGAGAGAGACUCAGGCAGGUCCUGUGCCGCGUUCGCCCAUCCGCAGUCCUGAGCAGCCGCCCUGCACAGCCAGGAGAGCUGAGGGAUGCCCGUAGCAAGCCCCAGCAGGUGGUGUCUCCCCCCAAACCCCCCCGCGCCCAUGAGUGGAAGCUCCUGGUGAAGAACAUCCGAGUGACGUGCAAACCGGAGGAGAAUGCUGCAGGCAUCAUGAACCCUCAGUGUGUGCUCCAGCUCAAUGACCCACCCCAGAGGCUGUGCAGCUCCUGCUUAAAGGACACAGACAACCCUUCCUGGGACCAGCCCUUCAUAUUUGAGUUGAAUGGAAGAUCCAAAGAGCUCAAUAUGCAGCUCCUGAAUGUGGGGAAUUCUCAAGAGAGCAGCCUGUUGGCUCAGGUGUCAGUGCCUUUCGAUCUUGUGAAGAAGCACCCCAAAGGACAACAGACAUUUGCACUAAAGACCAAAGAUGUGGUAAUUGGGACACUAACUACUGAGUUCACUUACCUCGAGCCGAGUGAGGUGCGGACGUGGCAGACCCCCACCCCUGCCGCCUCCAAGAGGGUGGAGAUGGACCGCACUGUUAUGCCCUGCGGCACCGUGGUAACCACCAUCACCGCCGUGAAGAGCAAGCCAGGCCGGCCCCUACCGCCAGGGCUGAUGGAAACCCCGAUGAAGCCUCCAACCAAAGCCAAGCUCUCAGAGAGGAGGGUGUCAGAGCAGCCUUGCAUGUUGGGUGCCACAGUCAGCAAAGCCCUGUCUUCUUCAGAUACUGAGCUGCUGAUGUUGAACGGCACCGACCCGGUGGCUGAGGCGGCCAUUCGGCAGCUGCAGGAGUCAGCGAAGCUGAAGCUGAAGUCGCCGGUGAAGAAGAGCACCAUCAUCAUCUCCGGCGUGACCAAGUCACCUCUCUCCCAGGACGAGGAGCUCGCGCUGAUGGCCGGCUACGCCGCCGCCAUGGACGCCUCGCUCUCCCAGGUGUCUGAGGAGGAGUCUGCGGUCAGAGCCCCCGUCACCGCAGCGGCUGUCGGAGAGCUGAACGCUGGCGUCCCCCAGGCCCGGGACCCCCUGGAGGGGCCGAGCGAGGGGCCGGCGGGGGCCGAGGCUGCGGUGGGGGCCGCGGUAGAGGACUGGGAGAGCCAGACGGGGGAGGACCCCGACGCAGACAAAGCCUCGCUCUCGCUCUGCAUGUCUGAGACCGGCUCCAAAAAGGGCAAAGCAGGCAGCUUCCUCCACAAGAGUGCCAAGCUGUUCUUCCGCCGCCGGCACCAGCGCAAGGACCCGGGCAUGAGCCAGUCGCACAACGACCUGGUGUACCUGGAGCAGCCGGAGCAGGCGGAGCAGGCGGUGGCGGGCGAACGCGAGCGCCAACGCCGGACGGCCACGCUGCGUCGCAUCAUCAACCGCAAGCUCCUGCACAAGGGCUCCAAGAGCCGCGCCAACGGCUGUGCCGAGCCGUCUGCGUGAGCCUGUGCCUGCCCGUGGUGCCCGGCGCCUACGCCCUCUCCUCCUCCGCCGCCUCCCGACGGCAGCGCCCGGCUCGCUCAUCAACCCCGCCGCCGGCACCCACGUCCUCCCCUCCUGCUCUGCCCAGGCCGUCCUCCUGGUCAGCGGCUCCAGCGGCUCCGGCGUCCAGCGCUCCAGACCCCCCGCACCCCUCCAGCUCCCCCCCUCCUCCUCCAGGGCCUGCCCACUGAAACAACACUGCUUCCCACCAGCCGCUCAGACCCCAGCCCAACUCAUCAAACCCAUCCAUGGGCACGCCCUGGGCGUACCAGUGGUGUGGAAGAACACCCCCCCCCUUCUUUCUUUCUCUCUCCCUUGCUUUUCCACAUUGUCUUUCUUUCUUUCUUUCUCUUACUCUCUUUCUUAUGCAC